GGGGCACGUGCAAACAGCAGGAGCUGUAGUUUGAAAUGAAAAGGUGCAAGGGCAGAAUGUGGCCCUGGCACGUGUCACAGCCUUUGUCACUGCAGAGGGAGGUGACAAGUGGCUGCAGCAGCGGUGGGUGCCCCUUGCUGCUGGUUCCCAGGCUGGCAGAGGCCAGGAGCACUGUGCUGAGGUCUCUCUGCCAGGGGGGACUGCCACGCUCUGCUCGGGGAUGAAGAGCAGAGGGGCUGAGGAUGCCAGGAAGCUCCUUCAAAGGGCAAAAAAAAGGAGUGAAAUCAGAUUAUACAUCAUACGUGUACCUGUGCAAACACAUUCGCGGAAAUACACCUGGCUCUGAACCUUGUCACGUGUCGCUGCAGCAUUUCAUCCUCUCUGGGGUCUCCUGCUGUGCUUUGCAGCCCUCCCUGUCCCCGGGGGGAGCAGCUGAACCCUCCCUGGCGUGUGGCACAGCCAGUGGGGCCGAGGGGACACCCACUGGGUGUCUCUUUAAGAGUGUGCCUGGCUCAGAGCCCUGACCCGCCUCUGUGCUCAGCGUCACCAUGUCUUCCUCCUCUGCACAGCUGAGUUUCUAUUUCCCCGGCUCCUUUCCCCCAUCGCCCCAAUCCCCGGCACAAGCAGGAUGGCAUCGCCCGUCUCCCAGAAGCUGGAGGAGAAGCUGGUGUGCUCCAUUUGCCUGGAGCUCUUCAGGGUGCCUGUGACCUUGCCCUGCGGCCACAACUUCUGCAAGUGCUGCAUCAGCGACCACUGGCACAAGCAAGAGCAGGUGCCCACCGGGGCCGAGAAGGGCUACACGUGCCCCGAGUGCCGCAGGGGCUUCGAGCAGCGCCCGUACCUGGAGAAGAACGUCACCCUGUGCAGCGUGGUGGAGCUGGCGAGGGACGGCGAGGCGCGGGUCUCGGGCACGGAGAGGUGCGAGGUGGCCCAGGGCGAGCUGUGCCCGCAGCACGGGCGCCCGCUGGAGCUGUACUGCCAGGACGAGCGGCGAUGCAUCUGCUGCAUCUGCACCGUCCGGCAGUGCCAGCGGCACCGGCGGGUGCUCUUCGAGGAGGAACGCUCUAAAAAGCAGGCCCUUCUGAAAGAGUCCCUGGAAAAAGCCCAGGAGGAAUCCAAGAGGAUCGAGCAGGUGAUGCAGAAGCUGGAGGAGCAAACACGCAGCAUCAAGGAUUCCUCCGAGGGGCUCAAAUCGGUGAUUCUCAGCAAAUUCGCCCUCCUGAAGAAAGCCCUGGAGGAUUGCCAGUGGCAGACGGUGGCCAGGAUCGAGCAAGAGCAGGCGGCAGCGCUGGGGCGCGUGGAGGAGGACUGGAGUCUCAUGAAGGACCGCCUGGACCUCCUGGGCCAGCACAGGGAGAGGGCUGAGUGCCUGCUGGCCUGCCCCAACCACAGGACCUUCCUCCAGGAGUUUCCCCUGCUCCCGUCUCCGGAGAUCCUGAAGGUGCCGGUCCCCACGGAGUUCGAUGUAGCCAGCAUGGUCAAGCCCAUCGCUGAGAUCCUCACCGACGUCUCCAGGCUCCUGCUGGAGGACCUGCCCGGCUCUGUGGCCCCCAAAGCCCCUGAUCCCAUUGGCCAAGGCCUGGUGCAGCCCAAGGGGCCAGUGGUGAAGGUGGUGGCCCCCCUCCCCGAGUGCCAACUCCGAGCUGAGCUUCUGAAGGACCACCGCAACCUGACCUUCGAUCCCAAGACGGCCAACAAGUACCUGGAGCUGUCGAAAGGUAACCGGAAAGCCAAGCACAGCCCCAGUGCCGUCUGCGGGCAGCAGGAGCACGGACCCCGCUUUGAGCCCUGGCAGGUGCUGUGCACACAGGGCUAUGGCCACGGCCACCACUACUGGGAGGUGAAGGUCUCCAGCCACUCCGUCGUCCUGGGGGUCACCUACCGCAGCCUCCCCUGGGAGGGGCAGCAGGGCCACAAGUUCAACAUCGGGCUGAACGGGGGCUCCUGGGGGCUGCAGGUGCGGGAGGAUUGCUACCUGGCCUGGCACGAGGGCCGGAGGGAGAAAAUCCAGGAGCAGCUCUAUAAGAACCUGGGGGUCAGCCUGGACUACGGCAAGGGGCUCCUCUCCUUCUACGGCGUCGGGAAGAGGAUGCAGCUCAUCCACUCCUUCCACAAUGUCUUCACCGAGCCCCUCUACCCCGUCUUUUGGCUGUGCGAGGGGCGAACGGUGACGCUGUGCCAGCGGGAAUGAGCCCGAGCUGCCACGCUGCUCCGUUAGCCGGGUCGGCAAGCCCCAGGCCGGUGUGGUGGCCAAGCUGCGGUCGGGGCCAUCACGGUGCGAGUGGGACCCCGAUGCCGAGGCGGGAGUGGGGUGCAGUGUUUUCACAAUAGCUGAUGAGGCCAAACAUGCAAAUUAACCCGCUCUGAUUUGCAUAUGCAAAUAUCACGCUGGUGGCAGAAGUUAGGGCGAGGGG